AUGACGACCUAUGAAAUGCAGGUAAUUAAUGCUGCGAUUGCAGCGUCUGCAGCAUCUAGACACACGCAUACGCGUGUGCUUCCGGCCAAUUGGGACAUCGAAGGUAUCUUGGGUCGAGGCCGCGUCGUCUUGUUGCUUGGGAUUGUGCGUGUUGGGACGAUCUCAUUCUGAUGAGCUUUUGGGCGAGAAAGUACAACCAGCCUCACGUUGCGGGUGCCUUGUCGCCAAAGGAGCUAGGAGGGCCGGCGGGACCACGGUCCGCUGUGGGUACGCUGCGUGGGUUGGCUAUGUGCAGCAGCUGAAACUUUUGCGCUCACGACAGCUGCAUGUCGUAUGUACAGUAGGAGAUUGUACUGUACAUCCAUGGCUGGGCUGGAAUGCCUGCUAGCCAGCGUUGGAGCGAACGGCCGUCGCGGAGCCGAUCGUGCCGUCAAGGACACGCAGAUCAAUCCAGCCGUCUCGAGCUCCGCAACGAGUUGGGAUGGAGCGACCGACACAUCAGCAGUGGUGGUAGCAUUAGCAGCACCGUCACGCCUUCUUUCGAUCGCUCAGAUCGUGUCGUGUACAGUCAAGAGUAG